AUGUAUCCUAACAUCUCAUAUGCGCUUCUGUCGGCGGCGCUCAUCGUGCUAAGUAUGGUGCAUCUCAUCCUGCUUACCGUUCACCGCCCCCAUCCUCACUGUUUGUCUGAGAUAUCAAUCUUCGUUCUCUUUAUCUGCGUCAAUGCUGUUGUCAUUGGCAUUGGUCUAUCAGGCUUAAGGCGCGGGGAUACGCCGGCAUUUUACUAUCCCUUGGGAAUAUGUACAGCAUUCCCGCUAGCCCUAGAGAUGAUCCGGCAGACCAAAAUCCAGGCUGGACCACUUAGGAACGCCCUGCUGCGUCGAUUAUUUCUAGGAUAUGGUUUUCUGUCCCCGGCGGUAAAGCUCGGGUUGAUCUUAUGCUCGGCCGCCUACGAGGCGUCGGUGAAAGGUACAGCUGUGGUCGUGUCUAUCGACUACACGGUACUUGUGAUUGCCGGUCUGCUUUUUUGGCGCGGAAUUCGCGGUAUACCAUCUCAGGGCCCCGUAAUCCGUGAAGUUACAAUCCAUGCACUUCUUGUUCUCGUAACAGCAGGGUUUGCCGCAGGUGGACUCGUCCACGAUUGGCCCCUCUGGAUCGAAGCGAUGUUGAUUAUCACUAUUAGUGCCUAUAUGGCUCGAAAUAUUUCCACUCAUUCUGGCAAACCGGGGAACACUGUGCCGUUAGCGAACUUCACAGACAACACAUCCGAUUUAGGCCAGCUCAGCCCCCACCAAGAAAGUCGUUCUGCUCGCCUCCCUUUCAUGACCGAGGAAAGCUAUACACAACUAGACGAGGUUCGGACGGCUCGCCCUGAAUCAGCACAUCUGAAAAUUAAGACGGUGGCCUCAAUUUACUAUCCGAACCAGCCAAUCUUGGAAACGGGCAUAUUUACUGUAUUAUGUGAGGGAUCUGAGGGGGACUAUCGGCGGGACCUGCGAUAUGAUGAAUUGACUGCUUGUAGCGACGGGAAAGCUGCGCUUCAAUCGUACCGGCUAGGCGCAAUUGCACUCCCAUCUUACAAAUCUCGAAUCCCCACGGGUUCGCCUGUUGUCGCGUCGGGCUCAUCUGAGUAA